AUGCCCUAUGUCCCUACCUCAGUCCCCACCCCACCUCCUCCUACUGUUUACCCUCGUGUGGUUCCUCCUACCGCAUCCUCACCCCCCUUGGCUACCCCUCCUCCUCCUGUUAUUCCCUCUCCUCUUCCACCCUCCAUCCCUCCUGCACCUGCCCCACCCUCCUCUUCGUCGUCCACGGCGCCGCCCGUCGGUGAGGGGGGGACAAUGGUGUCGCCGUCUGUGAUGAUCACCGACGGGCAGCGCCUUGUGACUGAGCAGCUGCAGGACGAGAGCAGCAUGGAUGGAGUGCAGCAGAGUGGGGGGCAGGAGACAGGGGAACAGCAGACAGGGGAGCAGCAGAUUGGGGAGCAGCAGAUAGGGGAGGAGCAGAUUGGGGAGCAGCAGACAGGGGAGCCGCAGACAGGGGAGCAGGAGAUGUGGGGAAUUAGAGAUGGUGGUCGUGUGUUGAUUUCUGGGACGACCACUGCACCGCUGCGUCGCUCCACUCGCAUCACUCGUGGUGUCCCGCCUCCGCAGUCAGAGCAUGCUGGGGGAGCUGCGUGA